AAGUAAGUUUGUGUUUGCAGAUGGUUUCAGAGCAGUGAGAAACACCAGUUCUUUUUUUGGAGCCAAAUUUCUGAUCUCAUUGCAAGGCUCCUGUCAUGUGGACAGGGUGGGUGGAACUUCUGAUCUUUGGACCCACUGUAAAUAUUGAACAGUGGGCAGGGGCAACGCCGUGUCUCGAUCUUGUGGGAGGCACAGCAGGACUUCACCUUCCCUGUGCUGUGACUGUCCCCAAAGCAUGGGCAGAGCCACGAGGGAGCUGCUCAGCAGAUGGAAUUUCUGUUCAGGGCUCCUGCUUUGCUGGAGAACACGCUCCCUGCAUGGACCAUGCCCAGUGACCACGUUUGGACCAAAGGCCUGCAUGCUGCAGAAUCCUAAAACGAUUAUGCACAUUCAGGACCCAGCAAGCCAGCGGUUGACAUGGAACAAACCUCCCAAGAGUGUCCUUGUGAUUAAGAAGAUCCGUGAUGCCAGUCUGCUGCAGCCCUUCAAAGAGCUCUGUGUGUACCUCACCGAGGAGAACAAUAUGAUAGUGUAUGUAGAAAAAAAAGUCCUGGAAGACCCUGCUAUAGCUAAUGAUGAGAAUUUUGGACCAGUGAAGAAGAAAUUUUGCACCUUCAGAGAAGACUAUGAUGAUAUCUCCAAUCGGAUAGACUUUAUCAUUUGCCUGGGAGGAGAUGGGACCUUACUUUAUGCUUCCUCACUUUUCCAGGGUAGUGUACCUCCAGUUAUGGCUUUUCAUCUGGGAUCCCUUGGAUUUCUUACUCCAUUUAAUUUUGAGAAUUUUCAGUCCCAAGUCACUCAGGUUAUAGAAGGCAAUGCAGCUCUCGUGCUCAGGAGCAGGCUCAAGGUGAAGGUGGUGAAGGAGCACAGGGACAAAAGCCCAGUGCACAAUGGCAUAGAGGAGAAUGGAGUCGUGUCUGCAAACCUGGAGAAAGAAGUGGGCAAACAAAUUAUGCAGUAUCAGGUCCUCAAUGAAGUCGUGGUGGAUCGUGGCCCUUCCUCCUACCUGUCCAACGUGGAUGUGUUUCUGGAUGGGCACCUGAUAACCACAGUGCAAGGAGAUGGGGUGAUCGUGUCCACGCCCACCGGCAGCACCGCGUACGCGGCCGCGGCCGGAGCCUCCAUGAUGCACCCCAACGUCCCUGCCAUCAUGAUCACCCCCAUCUGCCCCCACUCCCUGUCCUUCAGACCCAUCGUGGUUCCUGCUGGAGUGGAACUCAAGAUUAUGCUCUCCCCAGAUGCCAGGAACACAGCGUGGGUUUCGUUUGAUGGAAGGAAGAGGCAGGAAAUAUGCCAUGGAGACAGUAUCAGCAUCACUACCUCUUGCUACCCCCUGCCCUCCAUCUGCUUCCGGGACCCCGUGAGCGACUGGUUCGAGAGCCUGGCCGAGUGCCUGCACUGGAACGUCCGCAAGAAGCAGAACAACUUCACGGUGGAGGAGGAGGAGUUCUGAGAGUCCCCGCCCAGCAGGGCAGCCCCGCAC